AUGAACGAUGAACAACCUGUGAGCCAGAAAGUGCUUGCUUUCUCUGUCACAAACAGUUUGUCAGUAGAAGGCCGCCAUAUAUUGAUAGUUUUGACGUCUGAUAAUAAUAUAACUGGGUGGGCUACCCUUGUGGGCCACAAGAAUAUAUCUAAAGAGAUCGCCAACGCUACUGUCUCACAGAUUUUCUUACUCCUUACGAAGUUAAAUAAGGAGAAUUCGGAGCACAUUACAAAAAGCAUUAUAUAUCUCAUCUCAUCAUAUCCCGCUUCAUUUGAACUUGUCUUAAAGCGUAUAUUAGUUUCGGUCACAGCUGAAUUUGUUUCAUCGAAAAGAAAUAUUGAUCAGAAAGGCAACACAACAAAGGAAAACAAGCAAUUAACUCCGUUUGCUCAGCUAUUCCGGACACUUUGUACUGAUUUUUUCAAAUAUAAUCCAAAUAAAGCAGUUUUACUUUCGAAGCUUAUUGUCACUUCAGAUUGCCAGCCACUUCGGCUUUGUCAUCUAAAAGAGUUUUUUGACUUCGUGAAUUUUGAUUCAUACGAGAGAUUUCUGGUCACAGUUGCUACUGAAAAGGUUAUCUCCAUUGAUUUAAAGGACCCUCUAUCAAGCCCAUUUAUACAAGAUUUGGCGGAGAAUUAUUUGAGUUUAUUGCAUACAAUUGCAUCAGCUACAGCUCGUGUCAUCAGUGCUCCUUCAGAUUCUUUUGAAGAAGAAGAAGGAAAAUUUUCUCAAAUACUAAGAGCGUUUUUUGUUUCCAGGGUUUACUCACUAGCUCAGAAACUAGUUGUUGUCAACGAAUUUUUUGCAAGAGUUGAUAAGCAAAGUGUGGAAGAACGUAAAAAAUUUAAGAAGACACUUGAAGUUAUUGUUCUGUUUAUGCAAACAGUUGGAGAAGAAAAAAUCCAGAAUUCUCUAAGAAUGAUUGAUUCAAAGAAAUUGUUACCCGAUAGGAUUUUGGGUAGUAUUCUUGAUUGUCAAAAGCCUGAAGCGAUGACGGAGGCCAUUACGGUACUAUUGUCAGAGGUUCUUUAUCCGGGAUCUCAGGAACUUGCAAAAAUUGGGACAGCUGAUAUGACUGCCUUAACUCCAGAGAGUAUCCCAGAAGCCACAGCUAGGGGAUCUCAGUUGAGAACAAUUAUGAAAAAGCUGAAAUGCCAACCCAAAUGGGAUAUGGUAUUCAAUCAAAUUACAUCUAACUUUGAUCCUUCUUUGGAAAAACAUCAAGGUGAUAGUCCUUUGAUUACUGCAGCUUCUCUUUCCGAAUUCAUUUCAUCUUUGUGCAAUGAUACUGAUCUUGAUGCUUUUCUUCAGGCUGUGUCUAAAAGCUCUAAUAUUCCAUUGAUGAAGUUAGUCCUUACAAACUUACAUUCACUAGACCCGAAUGUUGGAGCUGUUGAUGUUUUGAAUAUGAAAUUGAAGCCUAUUUUGGCCACUAGCAGUAAUGAAAAGAAUACGCCUUUAUAUUUUGAAAGUGUUGCUGCUUUGGAGGUUAGAACAGUGGCAUUAAUACAGGAGCAAGAUAUGAAUGAUGCCGCAGUUACACAAUUGUUCAAUAGCGAUUAUAAAACUGUUCCAGGAUACAUUGUGUUGGGCUGUCUCGUACUUUUAAAGAAUGCUGGUGAUACUGCUGAGAGUCGUAUUAUCCUUAACAUGAUGCAAAACUUCAUCAUAUCAAUGUUAGAUGGAGAAUCCAAGUAUUUGGGUGCGAUUUUGUCAACAUUUGAGGAGGUAAAUUCUCAGGAAUUAUCUAAACUUUUGGUGAAAUAUUACAAUUCCAGAAGGAGUCAGGAUUGCAUCAAGAAAAUUUCUAGCCUUACAGCGUCGUUUUCAAAUGAUAAUGUGGUGAUGGCACUUCUUAGUACUUCAACUGGAUUUCCGGAGGCAUUUGCUGUUGCAGUGACAUUUUCCCAGUUUGGCUGGAAUAAAUUUGAAAAUUUUGUGAUGACGCAACUUGAUAGAAGUAUUGAUGUUGUUGCCACAACGAUCAUUAGCUUUAUGGAAAAGCAGGCCACAGUAGAAUAUGAAAGUGCUCAGCAAGGACGGCAGCUUUCUUCAUCACUGAAACUCGAGACAGUGUACUUUUUGAUGACGAUCCUUGGCAAGCAAAAACUUCCACAAAAGAUUAGUGAGAGGUUUCGUGAUUUGGAAGCGUUGUGUCUUCAGGCAUACCCACGCCUGAUAAACUUUGGUCAGGGACAUGACAAUGCAAUUCUUAAAAAUAGUAGUACAAAUAUGUUUUCCGUCGAUGUGGAGAAGGAAAUGAAACGGUAUUACCAGAAAAUGUAUAACAAAGAGAUUGAAAUUAAAGAUGUUAUACAAAUGCUUCAAAAGCUGAAAAACAGCGACGACCCUCAUGAUCAGGAUGUUUUUGCAUGCAUGAUUCAUUCACUAUUAGACGAGUAUCGUUUCUUUGCUGAGUAUCCAGUGGAUGCACUUGCAACAACAUCAGUUCUAUUUGGAAACACCAUAUAUUUCAGAUUAAUUGAAGGUUCCACUCUUUCAAUAGCCUUACGGUAUAUUCUUCAGUCUGCCCGGGAGCCUCCUCAAAGCAAGAUGUUUAAGUUUGCAAUUCAGGCCUUAUUUUCAUUUAUGAAGAGGUUGGGAGAAUUCCCCAAGUUUUGUUCUAUGCUAUGCCAGAUCCCAUCUCUGCAAUCCCAGCCUCAACUUUUUGAGGCCUGUCAGGCUUCAGCUGCUGGAAGGGCUCUUCCUGCUGAUUCAAUUAAAGGGUCUCCUGUCAGAAAGGCUGAAGCGUCAUCUGAUAUUGUGCAAUCCAAGUUUAUUUCAAUCAAUCCAGUUGAUAUUGGAAAUGAUUCCCCGGGGCAAAGCAUUCCUCCGGCUGAGGUUUCUGAUCGUAUACUUUUUAUGGUUAAUAACAUUACAGAUUCCAAUGUUGAUUCACGUGUGGAUGAAUUGAAGACAAAGCUAACUCCUAAAGCGUUUGAAUGGUUUGCAAAUUAUAUUGUUAUUCAACGUGCGAGUAUUGAGCCAAAUAAUCAGUGUCUCUAUGCCGAUUUAGUGCUUAAAUUUGGUUCGCAAUUGCUUUCAAAAUUUGUUCUUAAAUCUACAAUCAAACAGAUAAUUACGAUUAUGAAUAAACUUCAUGGAAAUGGUGUGAGUGCUGAAAACAGUGAACUACUAUCCGCGAGAGAGCGUUCACAACUAAAGAACUUGGGUUCUUGGCUUGGUAAAAUUACGCUUCGCCAAGGUCAGCCAAUCCUAAGAAAGUAUAUGUCAUUUAAAGAUCUUUUAUUGGAAGCUUAUGAACAGAAUGUUUUUGUGAACGUUCUUCCUCUUGUGACAAAGGUUUUACUUUCUUGCAAAGACUCAUCUGUUUUUGCAUAUCCAAAUCCUUGGCUUCUAGGAAUAUUACGUGAUUUGAAAGAAUAUUAUGAGGUUGCUAAGUUACCUUUGAACUCGAAGUUUGAAAUUGAAGUUCUUUUCAAUACGCUAGAGGUGAAAUUGGAGAAUGUGGACACUUCAGGAAUCCUUUCUGCCUACAAACCUGGGGAGCUUGCACAGAAGUUGAAUCGGCGAAAAAUGCUGGUAAAUAUGACUCGUCUUUCCUUGAAUGGGGAGAAACAACAGGUACAACAAUUACGCGAUACUCUUCUUGGGAACGCUUCUCAAAAUGCACAAAAUCUGGCUCUUAAUAGCCAGCAGCUACAACAGACACAAAUUGAGCUACUUCAACAACAACAACAGAGAAUGCUGCUUAUUGCAAGACAGCAGCAACAGCAACGGCAGCAACAACAACAGAUGCAGAUGCAAAUGGCUAGCUCAGCAUUUGAAAACUUGAAGGGUACAACCAUAUUUGUUACACAACCAAAUUUGAGACGCUUGUUCCAAUUGUCUAUGACUAAGUCCAUAAGGGAAAUUCUCCCUGCGGUUGUCGAUAGAACAGUUUCUGUCUCUUUGGUCACAGCAAAAUCACUGAUUCUUAAAGACUUUGCUCUUGAAAUAAAUGAGUUCAAGCUACGGAAGGCGUACAUUAGCACUGUUAGACGAUUGGCUGGAUCAUUGACAUUGGCAUCAUGUUGGGAUUUAGUCAAAGAAAGUAUUCAAAUUAAUAUUACGCAAUACUUACAAUCGUUGGGUCAAAAGUUGGAAGUCAAUGUAAUGGAUCAACUUCCUCGUGCUGUCGAAGACAAUAUUGCAAUUCCAAUUACGAUCAUUCAAAAUGCUUCUAUGGAUAAAGCUGUUGCCGAGCUUGAUGAUGUUAUGUUGCCUGCAAUUGCCCUUCGUAGACAAUUUAGAGCUACUAGGCCUGACCAACCAUUCUGUGACACUCAGCAUGCUUCAAGAUAUGCCUUGAGCUUACCUGAACCUUUGGGUAUCCGCCCUGGUGGUGUUAGUGAAAAGCAAUUCCUUCUCUACGAUGACUUUGGAAGAGCCGAUGAAUCAACUGCUUUGAACCCUAAGAAUGUUAAAAUGUUUGGUGGGGUUGCCCAGGACCUUUUGUCACAAAGAUUGGAUCAACAAAAAACUGAAAGGGCGAACGUGGAUGUGAAUAUUCAAAGAGGCUCGCCGACUGUCGGUGACACUCCGUUAGUUUCUGCCGGUGUCUCUAGUCCUCAAGAUAACUACAAGAGAUACAUUUUGGCUUUACAACAGUUAUUGGAUAACGUUCAACAGAGUGCAUUGGUUGUGCAAAAGGAACUUCCAGAAGCAAAGUCUCUUCAAGACAUUCCAUCAAAUUCGAUGCCCAAGGUAUUGGCACUUCAAGCUCUUGGGCUUCUCACCAGAAUUGACAAUGUUGACUUAUGUCUGAAGUUUGCCCAAAUGGUAAUGGACAUUCUUUUCAAUAAGGAGCGUACUUCCACACAUUUGGUUACGGAAUGUUUUGUAUUCCUACUAGAUGAAGUCUGCGGCUUAUCUUCUAUUGUUGCACGGUUUGUCACAGGCUGGUUGGUUAAUGCCGAAGAUGAGAGGAAGUAUAACAAAAAUGUUCUAGAAGCACUUAUUCGAGCUGGGAUGGCGUCGUUGACGGAUCUCGAUUAUAUGCUCGCAAAAGGCAUAAGAGGGCAAUCGGAGGAGAAUAGUAAAAAUAACAAUGUGAAAAAAGAAAAAGAGCCUUCAAUGAAAUCCGAUGAGAAUGAAUCACCAGAUGUUUUGGCAACGGAAUUUGCUCUUGAUAUUAUUAAGGAAUUGGUGGUAGAUAAACCGAUUGCGUUGAGAUCAGAUUUCUUAAAGACUCUUAAGGCAUUUGAUGACAUGAAUGACCACAGACUCGUAACAGCUUUGAACUCGUCCAAACCACCGGUCGGAAUUUCGUCCCUUCGUGAUUAUUUUGCUUAUCUCUUUGCAGAAUGGGUCAAGUUAUAUAAGUUCUCACAUGAUAGUACAAAAAUGGAGACUCAAUUUAUCAGUCAGCUGUUUGAUAUUGGAAUUCUCAAUAGACCGGACCGGAUGGUUCUCUUUUUCAGUACUGCUAUUGAAAUGGCAUCCGCAGCAUUUAUCAAGGAGUCUGAUACCAGCAAGAGGAGUGCUAUGGAUACAUAUUCUUCUGUUGAUGCGUUGGCAAAAUUGAUUGUUGACCUACUUCUGAUUCAGGAGGAUGCAUCUGAAAAGAGUAAGUCCAAAACGGAAUUCUUACGCUCUAUUCUUUCCGUCUUUUUACUCACAUUUUCGCACGAUCAUGAAUCAUCAGGCCCUGAUUUCAAUGAAAGACCUUACUUCAGAAUACUAUCUACAUUCUUGUGCGAAUGGGCUGAGAUUAGGCAGGCACACUUUGCUGAAUUCGUGUCCAAUGAGGAAGAGGCGAGACGCCUAGAUCAAUUUUCGUACCAGCUAUAUGAUACCCUUGCAGAAUUUUUCUUGGUCUUACAGCCAGCGGCAUUCCCUGGUUUUACAUUUGCUUGGAUGUGCCUCGUCUCCCAUCGAAUGUUCAUGCCCAUGCUCUUGGAGCAAGGUGCAGAAUCGCAUUCUAAAAAGGGUUCGUGGGACAAAGCUGCGGCCUUAUUGGUAGCUUUGUUAAAAUUCCAAAGUGGUUAUGUUGUUGGUAAGGAGAUUCCGGAGGCCGUUACUGUCAUAUAUAAAGGCACAAUAAGAAUUUUUUUGGUUCUUUUACAUGACUUCCCCGAUUUUCUUGCUGAGUAUUCUUUUCAGCUUGUGGGUUCGAUGUCUCAGAUGUUUAUUCAACUAAGAAAUGUUGUGCUUUCGGCAACGCCGGAAAAUGUUUAUGUUCCAGAUCCAUAUCAGCCUGGAUUUAAGGCCGAUGCAAUACGUGAAAUAACUAUUAAUCCCGUUAUUGCCGGUCAUCCUGAGCAAUUGUUAAUACAGACUGGAAUCAAGAAAUCUAUUGAUAUUUAUAUCAGGGUUCCAUCUGAUCAUCUUCUUGAUCAGAUCCUACUUGUAUUGAAGCUUGGUGCUCCAAGCUCGGAAUCUGGAAUUGGCUAUAAGGGUACCCAUUAUGACUUGAAGCUUCUUAAUAGCUUAGUGCUCUACAUUGGAUUGACUGCAAUUGAAGAAAAGCCUCACAGUAAUAUUUCUUUUAAUUCGAAGUCUUCCCAGGUUGCUCUUUUGAUAUCUUUGAUGCAAGAGGCUGAUAUCGAACUUCAAUUCCAAAUUCUCCAAUCAAUGGCAAAUAAUCUUAGUUAUCCAAAUUCUCUCACGCAUUGGUUCUCAUCUAUCUUUUUAUAUUUCUUUGGCCUGAAAUCAUUAUCGCAGACUAACGAAGAUUUACAACAAGUUAUCACACGUGUUCUUCUUGAAAGGAUCAUUUGCAACAAGCCGCAUCCAUGGGGCGUUGUUGUUACCUUCAUAGAACUUUUGGGAAAUAAAAAUUAUGAUUUCUUUGACCUUCCGUUCACAAAGACUGACUCCGACUUCAAAAGAAUUUUCAGUUCUUUACGUACUCAUUUCAGUGGGAAGGUUUGA